AUGAAUUUAUUCAGAAUAUUUGGUGAUCUUUCACAUUUGGCAAGUAUAUUAAUUUUAAUCCGUACUAUCCAAACUACGGACACCAUUGAUGGUAUAUCUUUCAAAACUCAAGGACUCUACGUUCUUAUUUUCCUCACCAGAUACCUUGACCUCUUAACUUUCUCAUAUGUUUCGUUUUACAACACAAUCAUGAAGUUAUUCUUUAUUGGUUCCUCGUUAUAUAUUGUCAUCCUACUACAAAGAUCCAGAAAGACGAAACCAAUCGCCUAUAAGGAAAUGAUAAUGGCGGAUACUUUUAAAGUACAAUAUUUAUUAGGUGGCAGUUUGGUUAUGGCUUUGUUGUUCAACUAUAAAUUCUCUCUAUUGGAAAUCCUUUGGAGUUUUUCAGUUUGGUUGGAAAGUGUUGCUAUAUUACCUCAAUUGUUUAUGCUUUCCAAGAGUGGUAAGGCUAAGAGUUUAACCAUUCACUACAUCUUCGCAUUGGGACUUUAUAGAACUUUAUACAUUCCUAAUUGGUUUUGGAGAUAUUGGGUCGAGGGUAAAUUUGAUAAAUUGGCAGUUGUGACUGGGAUUGUGCAAACCUUAGUUUACUCAGAUUUCUUCUAUGUUUACUAUAAGAAGGUUCUUACAGGUGGUGGAUUGGGAUUACCACAAUGA